GGUACGACUCAGUGACUACUGCUACUCUCCAUUGCUACUCUGCUUUUAAUACCUACGCUCCUAGAUUCUUGAAAUCUCGAUGCAAGACGGCUACGAUCAAGGUCCAUACAGCUCACGGCCGCAUGACAGACGCCACUCAAAUGGCGGUCCUCCCCCUCACAUGCGCAUGAUGGGAGGGCCUCCCCCGAUGCACAUGGGCGGUCCUCCGCCGCCGCCAGGCUACUUUGCUGUCCCUCCUCCCCAUGCUCGGAGACGGUCAAGAAGUCCCGAUCGAGGCGGUCCAUAUCGCGGUGGUCCUGGCCACAGCCCUUAUGCUCCACCUCCGAAGCUGACUGACCCAUUCACCAUCAAAGAACUCGUCACGUACGAGUACUUCAAACGCUGGUAUCAUACCUUGAAUCCCGGGAAUCUAAAUUCCGAGGAACCCACUUUUCGCACGCGCUUCGACGACUAUGUGGCAGACUUCAAUUUGCGUACCGCCAAGGACUUUGUGAGUGAGCAGCAAACAUUCCCAUGGUUCGAGGAAUUAUAUGGUGGCAGCAAUACCGACACUGAAGACUUGUUUGAGGCUCGAUUCGCAUGUACGUUGGUACCGGCGAAUGUACAAGACGCUGCAUACGAGGCGUUCGACUCUAAGCUGACAUCGGGUGAGUACAAGAAGGAUGCAGAGACCGAUCAGACGCAUGCAACAGUCUUCUUGGACCGUCCUGUUCUUAGCGCAGAGCACAACUCUGAACCACUCCCUGAUGUGGUCUUCAUCAAGAGCAUCGCACCGAAAAUCCCUCGCACCGAUCUACAAGAGUUUGUGGCCGCCCAGGUCCCACUCGAAUACUUGUCCAUGUCAAGGCCGAACACCAAGUUGCUUCGCAACGGUUUGGUCAAGUUGAAGGCCGGCAGUGAUAUCGAUGAAGCCGUCAAAAAGCUCGAAGGACGGAUCCUGAUGAGUGAGCGCGUUGGCGAGUAUGCUUUGCAUGUGCAAGCCUACCGACCAUUCACCUCACGCUUGUCUCUCUUCCCGCAGCACAAUGUCUUGACGCAGUCUACCAAAGACCUUGAGGCCCUGGCAGAACUCGUCAAGAAAUUUGAAAGCGCGACAUCGCGUGCGCCUCUAUGGUCCCGGAUUGAGGCGGGCUUUGAUGGGGACGAUGCCUUUUCACCUGAACAAAAAGCAGCCAAGACGGUUGACCUUGCAGUGGAAUACUUACGAUCAGUAUAUUGCUUUGACUACUGGACUGCCACAUUUCACGACUCACCAUACAGUCUUGCACAUAAUGUACGGCCUUGCGUUCGCGCGAGCGAGUCUGGCGAAUCUGUCGACGACAGGCGCUUCGAAGCAUGGCGUAAUCAGCAUGCUCAGAAGCUCUCCAUGCUCCUCCAGCCCUUGGACUACUUACACUCUAUCAAAGUCAAGCCAAUUGAAGGCGCAUUGCAAGACCUCAUCACUGCCAAGAUCAAGAAGGAAGAUGAAACACGCUUCAGGUGUGGUAUUGAGGAUUGUGCAAAACUUUUCAAAGAUGUGCCUUUUGUUGAGAAGCACAUUCACAAGCGGCAUGCGACAUGGGUAGAGGCACAAAAGACUCACUUUCGGUUACUAUACCGCUACUUGUGCGAUCCUGGUAAGCUAGUGUUGCCCAAAUUGGGUGGUGCUGAGCGUGAAUCGCGUCGUCCUGGACCGCCUAGUCACGCAGAGAGGCGUAGAUCACCUCCAGACUACAGACGUGAUCCGGGCGGUUACUACGAUUCGCCUGGUGGUCGCGGCCCUCCUGGUCCACCGCGUGCCUUGUAUCGUGAUCUUGAUCGGCCUGCUGAACCAGUCGUUGAACUUGAUUACUAGCAUUGUCGAUGUUAAAGAUAGUUGAAGAAAAAUGUUAAUUGUAAUGAACGCUACUCUACG